AUGAAAAAAGUAAUUAUAAAAAAGAGAACUCAUACUCAAACUCAUAGAUUUGCUAACUUCUAACAUUUUAUUUUCUCUAAAUUUCAGGCCAAUGCAGAGGAAGAAACUCAGUCUGAUGAUGGCUGGAAGAAGAGCAAAAAACCCUCAUCAUUUGGAAAGAGAGGUAACCCAUCAUCUGGAAAAAGAUGGCUCACAUUUCUAUUGCUUCUGAAACAACGGACCCACAAAGAGAACUGUUGUUUACAUUACACUUCAGCAAUAUUAUGCACCAUUUAUUUAUUUAUUUAUUUAUUUUAAAUGCCCCCAAAAUUUGGUAAAUGCACCCCAUUUUAUACAUUGAAGGCAAAAGUUUAACUUGUUUUAUUCAUUUUGAUUACAUCACAUUGAAACGAGAUGACCUGGUAGCUAUUGUUUUUUUGUUUUUGAUGUUAAGGUAACACUCUCCCAUCCACCCAAACACAAUCUUAUAUAGACUAUAUUUACCAGAGUCAAGGCUGGCCCUAUUACAAAACAGCUAUGUAGAGAGUAUCCACAGCUGUAUCAAUUUAACCGCUGAUUGAAGAAGAGUAGUACACUGCAGACACAAGAUGACUGGUUUAACCCUGAUCUUCAUGUCAUGUCAGGAUUAUAAAUAUAUUUGGAGUUAUUACACAGUGUUAAUCUAUAUUUUCUUUUUAUGAUCUGUUUUGUAGUUCUGAGCCCAGAGGACAUUGUCCACCGCUCCAAAGUAGUCCUAAAAGUCCUUAGGCGAAAUCACAGCAUGACCAACACCUGUGAAGAACUUGGAGUGGACAGGAAUACCACUGCAGGGAGUGCGGUCAUUGCAGAUGUCAUGAUAGCCAUAGACGGCGCAGACUUUGGGGAGCUGCCCCUCUUCAAAGAAGAACAGACUUUAGCACAAAAUUAUACAAGGCAUUUCUAG